UUCCAGGAUAUUAUUUAAAUGGCCGACGAGUUAAAUUAUCUAAUUGUUGGUGGUCUUAGCUAUAUUGGCUUACAUAUUACGGAAUAUCUGUUGGAAAAAUAUCCGAAUGUCAAGUUAACAAUUCUCGAUUUAUCAUCUAACACAGCUUGUACAAAUGAAAUUUUGAAAAAAGUUGAAAAUUAUCCUCAGCAGUGUGCUAUUAUCAUUGGUAGUUCUGGUAAUUAUGAAUUGGUGACGAAAAUAUUGGUGGAACAAAAGAUCAAUACCGUGUUGUUCAACGUUUGGAAUGAUGAUGUUAAUACUGUUGCUGCUAAAAAUGAUUAUCCAGAAUGUUUCCGCAAAACGUUAUCCUGUAUGACACAAUUUCUGGAAACUAUCCGAUGUUAUGGGAAAUUGGCAAAAUUCAUUCUUAUCAGUUCGGAAGAAGUUUACGGAAAGCAAGCAUUAAAAUCGGAGACGAUAGCAACAAAGCCAUGUUCACUUAAGGGAGCAGCGAUUAAUGCUUGUGAAAUGAUGCUUCAUUCUUAUCUUAUUAGUUAUCGUAUACCUGCUCUUACUGUACGAUUAUCAGCGGUUAUCUACGGUGGAGUAAUGGAUGAUAAUCCAUCAUUAUAUUUAGAACAGGAUAAUAUUGAAAAAAGUGGAACUGUUGGUUUAUUACACAUUCAGGACGCUGUAGUUGGGAUCGGAGCUGCCUUAGAAAGAGGUCGAAUUGGUGAAGUCUAUAACAUUGGAGGUAAAUGCGAUUGUUCUCCCUCUUUCGUCCAACUUAUUCCGAAGCUUAAAAACGGUGAAAUUUCGUGUGAUGAAAUCAGUAUAUUUCCUCCGACAAUGUCAUCAAUGAAAGCUGAACUUGAAUUACUUUGGAAAGCUAAAAUCUUGCAAUCAGAGGGAAUACGUGAAAUAUUCGUCAAAAAUGAAAAUCAGUGGAAUGAAAUGAAUACAGCUAGUACGCAUAAAAUCCUUGUCUAUGGUACUGACUUCGCCUUAAAACGCCUUAGUAGAUUAAUCGAGAAUAAGAAAAGAUAUUUGCCGGAAUCAAUACAGAAGGAAAACAUUAUCAUUACGAAUCGUCCAUUUUACUCGUGUGAUGUUGACAUUAACGAAAUAAUUAGUGUAUCUCCAAGUCAUAUUGUUUACAUCAACUUUCCCAGUACGUCAGAAGCACCUUCGUAUGAUUCUGAAGUCAAGCCCAAUAUUCCAGCAAUGCUGAAAACUAAAACAUAUUCAGUGAUUUACGCUCCCUGGUUUUUGGCAUCAUUUUGUGAGAAACGCUCAAUUCAUUUCACCUAUUUAACUUCGGUUUAUUUUUCUGACGAAGAUUUUAUCAGAACACCUUAUCCAGAACAUGAAGGAGAGCAGUAUGAUCCAUGUUAUGAUACGUUCGAUAUGUUGACUGUUGAUAUAUAUGCUUGUCGUUUGUUGCAAAAGUUCGAUAAGAUUCUAUUCUGCCGCACAGAAAUUGUGGUCGAUGACGAAAAAGAGUUGGGUACGAUAAUACCAAUAGGGUGUUCCUUUUUGAGUCCAGGACUUUAUUUAUCUUUCCUCUCAAAUUGUAUUCCACCAGUUCUUGAUCUUGCGCUGAAAGGUCAUACCGGUAUGGUUCAAGUAUCAAGUCCAGCACUCCUUGAUGACUACGAUUUUCGAGAAGUUUGUAAUCGAGGAGAUAGACCGCUUGGUGCAUCAGUCAAAUUCUUAUCAAGAGAAGAAAAGGAGCAUAGGGAAGAUGAAUGA